ACUUGAAGAGCUCGACCAGUUGACGUUUGCGGACUUCCAAUGGAUGCCCCUUCCCCCGUCAGAUUGCCGAAACCGCAUUGCAACGUGCUCAUGGCACAAUUGCGGGAUUACUUGCACACUGCAGUACCAGCUCCGUUGAUGGACGCCGGAGUAGAGGUUGUCGACCUUGACGACUACGUUGCGAAGAUUGACCGCGACUUCAAGACACAACGGUACGACGACAUCGACGCGCCAUUGUUAUACAUAUGCAUUGAGAUCGGAGAGGAGACCUGCAGCGCUUUGAUCGAUUGCGGAGCUACUCGCAACUACAUGAGCCAAGACUUUAUGCUCAACGCGCAAACCGUCAAGACCGUCGGCCCUCUUCCGCGCAUCGACGACCUCCUCGAACGGCUGGGCGGCGCCAAGUUCUUCUCCAAGCUUGACCUCAAAUCGGGAUAUCACCAACUCGAUAUCCGGCAGGAGGACCGCUACAAGACCGCGUUUAAGACGCAAUAUGGGCAUUUCGAAUGGCUGGUUAUGCCUUUUGGCCUUACGAAUGCCCCGGCCACAUUCCAAGCGGCUAUGACAACGGAGUUCCGACACAUGCUGGAUAGAUUCGUACUCAUCUACCUUGACGACAUCUUGGUGUACAGUCGGAGCUUGGACAAGCAUGUGGAGCACCUGCGCACCAUUUUGGAGCGGCUACGACAAGCCAAGUACAAAGCCAACCGCGACAAAUGCGAAUUCGCGCGGCAAGAGCUGGAGUACUUGGGACAUUAUGUGACGCCGCAAGGCAUCCGUCCGCUUGCGGACAAGAUCGAGGCCAUCCGCGUAUGGCCCGAGCCCACCAACACCACGGACGUUCGCUCAUUCAUGGGGUUGGCAGGCUACUAUCAACGCUUCAUCACCGGGUACUCAAGGAUUGCAGCACCUAUGACGAGAUUACAAUCGCCAAAGGUGCCAUUCGUAUUCGAUGACGAGGCACGCCGAUCAUUCCAAGCACUCAAGACGACCAUGCUCACGGCACCCCCACGGCGUACCGGAAGACAUCGUCAGCGACCGCGACACUUGUUUCAUGUCAGCAUUCUGGACUUCUCUCAUGCAGGAAUCCGACACGAUGAUGAAACCAAGUUCGGCUCGGCAUCCACAAACGGACAAGCAACGGAGCGGGCACAUCAAACCGCUCAAAUGAUGCUCCGUACGCUCAUCCGUCCGGAUCAGAAGGAUUGGGUUGACCGCCUCCCCGACAUCGAGUUCGCCUACAACACUUCGUUGCAUCCAGCGAUCGGCGUGACUCCAUUCGAGUUGCACCACGGUGGCCGGAACGACCGUAUCUUCGCUGAUCUUCUCCUCCCACGAACAGCCGACAUAGACGCUGCUUGCUCCCCCACUUCCAUUCGGAAGUACAGGGAAUUGUUGGCUCAAGCCCGUGCGAACAUGCAAAAGGCUCAAGUUCGCAUGCAGCAGCAAGCCAACAAGCGUCGCGUGCUAUGUCCCAUCCGCGCCGGUGAUCUGGUUUGGGUCUCCGCGGAAGAGUUUGCACUCGAGCAGGAUGUUUCGCGCAAACUACUACCCAAGUGUUUUGGACCAUGGCCCGUAACAUCAGCCGCGGGCGAUGAGCCCGAUGGCCCCUCAUUUGUGAUCAACAUCCCCCCGCAUCUGACGGUCCAUCCAGUCUUUCACGCCUCAAAGCUGGCGACAUAUACACCAGCUAAGAGCGACGACUUCCCGGGCCGACGAUCGCAAGAUCCUCCAUUUAUGGAUGGUCAUCAAGAAGUUGACCGUGUCAUCACGGAUCGCAAGUAUGGCAGCAAGCCUCGACAGUACAAAGUUACAUUCAAAGCGUGUGAUCCCGACGACACUCGAUGGAUUUCAGGAGCAGAUUUGAAAGCGUCCGCACCGCUGAUCUAUGCGCAAGGUUAGCUCAGGGAACUUCACGACCUGCCCCUCCC